AUGUUUGUGGAUAGACAGUUAUAUUACAACACCAGCGAGCGCAAAAAGCUUAUAGAACGGCCAGGUGUCGGUAUCACAAUCGGCGAUGCUGUAGAAUUGAGAACUGAAAGGCCUGGCAGUGAUAUCGAUGCACAAAGCUCUUUUUAUUGCGAAUAUAAGAACUCUCCAACAUACAAAUAUAAUGUAAUAUCAAUCGGGGGAACCGACUUAUGUAUUAUAAGUAGAGGCUAUCCUGGAUCCGUCACAGACAAUGGAAUACACAAUAAUAAGAACUAUGAUGAGCGUAUGAUAUCAGGCGACGCUUCUACUAAGAUGGUGUAUAUGUACGACAAAGGGUUGACUGACAGAUUUGAACUUGAACGCAUAGAAAUACUGGUGUUCACACCGAGAAAGCGUCAAAAGGGACAGCUUGCUUUCAGUGGUGAACGGGCAGAUAAUGAUCGUGACAUAGCGAAGGAGCGAAUAAACAUCGAACGCAAUAUGGAAGUAUUCAGGAAUAUCAAAGGAUUCAGUGGCGGAAACAAGAGGCUUUCUGAGAUUGAUUUGAGUGAUCAUGAGGCACAAGUGGCGAGGGAGUUUGUUAAAUUGAAUGCCCCUAUCACAGACUGGUAGUUAGACAACGAUCAAAAAGCGAGAGCUGGCGAAAAUAGUGUCGCUCUGGGUGCUGAUAACGAAC